GGUUCGGGCAUAAUUUGGUCAUCCUUUCAACGAAUGUAUUGAUAUCCAUCGGAGGCUAUGCUGGGAAACGUGAUGGAUGGGUGGGGUGCAUAGAACCAUCCACGGGUGUCGUCAUGCGUGAAGUAUUUCAAGAGGAAAUUGGCAUUUAUUCUAGUUCAUGCGCUCUGAAUCAUAAUGAGAUUUUAACAUUUGGGGGCCGAUCUUCCCCCUUAAAACCGAGUAAUAAGCUCUUUAAUUUGAGGUUCAGCCCAAUUCAGAUUGAGGUGAAUCAAGUUCGGGUUCAAGGCCAGUGUCGUCCAUGUGCUCGGUGGAAGCAUGCUAUGGUCAAACUGUCAGAAUCGGUGAUUUUAUGCGGAGGACGGAAUACCAAGGAUGUCUUGAAGGAUGUGUUCAAGUUGGACACGGAAAUGUUCCAGUGGUCUCUAAUUGGGUGUCUACCAUUCGGCUUGUUUUCUCAUUCCAUGGCUGUAACUGCCAAAUCAGAUAUCCUCGUGAGUGGCGGUCUUCUACCCGAUCAAAAGACUCUCAAUGAUCAAUUGAUCCAACUGAAUCUAAAUGGACCUCGAUUACAAGUGACUCGGUGGAGACAUGACUCUCUUUCCGGGCGAUUUGCUCACACAUCCCAUGUUGUGGGCUCGAAAUUGAUCUUGGUGGGUGGAAUUGCCCGGGCAGGAGAGGCUGGAAUUACUUGGAUAGACUUGGAAUCGAAGUUAGUAAGAAAUUUCGAGCUAGCCGUUCCUCGGAAUCGAUUCUUGACCUUUUACAACCACGGAUCAAUUUUUCAACCCAAUAAUGGCAUAAUUUCUGUUUUUGGCGGGGGAGGAAACUGUUUUUCAUUUGGCAUGCAUGUGGCGGAUUCUUUGAUUGAAAUUCAUUUGAACCAGUUAUGUUAAUGAAUAAACCACUCAAUGACGUCAGAACAUUA